AGGACAAAUAAAAAUGGAAGAUUUACGAUUUCUUCAGGAGCAAUUUUUAUCCGAAUUUGCUCAAAUGACUUUAAGCUUUCACACAUACCCACUCUAUAAGAUAUAAACCCGUUUCUGAGAUUUGUUCGCUUUUGUUGUUUCUGUGGAAUCUAUUCUUUGCACUCGCCCUGAGUCACAUAACUCCGUCUCCAGCUUGAGCAACUGAAUGAUUCUUUCUGAUUUGAUUAAUCUCCGGUGAAAAUGGCUUCUUCUACAGUUAAAGCUGGCUCGUUCGUUUGGGUGGAAGAUCCGGAGGAGGUGUGGAUAGAUGGUGAGGCUAUUGAGGUGAAUGGAGAAGAUAUAAAGGUCCAAUGUACCUCAGGGAAGACGGUCCUUGUCAGAGUUUCAAACACACAUCCGAAAGAUAUGGAAGUUCCACCUUGUGGAGUGGACGAUAUGACAACGCUGGCGUAUUUACAUGAACCAGGGGUCCUGCAAAAUUUGAAGUCGAGAUAUUGUAUAGACGAAAUAUAUACUUACACAGGAGAUAUUUUGAUUGCGGUGAACCCUUUUAAACAACUAGAGAACCUUUACAAUGACCAUAUGAUUGCACACUAUAAAGGAGUCCCCUUUGGAGCAUUGAGGCCCCAUCCGUUUGCAGUUGCGGAUGCAGCUUACAGACAAAUGAUUAAUGAGGGAAUUAGUCAGUCCAUAUUGGUAAGUGGUGAAAGUGGAGCAGGGAAGACUGAGACUGCUAAAACGCUUAUGAAAUAUCUGGCGAAAAUGGGAGGUCGAGCUGUUUCUGACAGAAGAAGUGUUGAAGAUCAAGUUUUGGAGGUAACUGUCCAACCCUGUUUUAGAAGCAUUUGGGAAUGCAAAAACCGUCAGGAACAACAAUUCGAGGACAUUAGAAAACUGAAAUUAGAGGAUCCAACAACAUACCGUUAUCUGAACCAAUCUCGUUGUAUUAAGUUAGAGGGGAUGGAUGACUCGGAGGAGUAUACUAAAACCCGAGAAGCAAUGGGCAUUGUCGGGAUAAGCUCAGAGGAGCAGGAAGCAAUAUUUCGAGUUUUGGCGGCAAUUCUUCAUCUAGGUAACAUAGAGUUUGCAAACGGGGAAGAAGCAGACUCGUCAGUUCCAAAAGACAAGAAGCCACUGAAGAUUGCGGCUGAGCUUUUUAUGUGUGAUGAGCAGGCACUGAAAGAUUCUCUUUGUAAACGUGUAAUGGUGACACCUGAAGAAACAAUUUCCAGAUGUCUGGAUCCUGAAUCGGCAGCAUUCAGCAGAGACGCCUUGGCAAAAUUUGUGUACUCAAGAUUGUUUGAUUGGAUCGUAAACAAGAUCAAUAAUUCAAUUGGGCAAGAUCCUGACUCAAAAAACAUGAUCGGGGUGCUGGAUAUUUAUGGAUUUGAGAGUUUCAAGACAAACAGUUUUGAGCAAUUUUGCAUCAAUUUGACCAAUGAGAAACUUCAGCACCAUUUUAAUGAGCACGUCUUAAAAAUGGAACAAGAUGAGUACAAGAAAGAAGAAAUUGAGUGGAACCACAUUGAGUUCCCAGAUAAUCAAAAGGUUUUGGAACUUAUUGAGAAGAAACCUGGUGGUAUUAUUGCUCUUCUGGACGAGGCUUGCAUGUUCCCAAGAUCAACACAUGAAACAUUUUCUCAAAAGCUGUACGGAACAUUAGUAAAGAACAAGUACUUCAGCAAGCCAAAAUUAGCACGUACUGACUUCACAGUUUGUCACUAUGCUGGUGAUGUCACUUAUCAGACGGAGCAGUUUCUGGAAAAGAACAAAGAUUAUGUUGUUGCUGAGCAUCAGGCUCUGCUAGGUGCUUCUAGGUGCACUUUCAUUGCCGGUCUAUUUCCUCUUAUAAUGGAAGAUGCUAGCAAACAGUCAAAGUUCUCUUCUGUAGCUUCACAAUUUAAGCAACAAUUGGCAUUAUUGAUUGAACGUCUUAGUACUACCGAGCCUCGCUAUAUACGUUGCGUGAAGCCUAAUAAUCUCCUGAAGCCGUCUAUCUUUGAGAACCAAAAUGUUCUGCAACAGCUACGUUGUGGGGGUAUGAUGGAGGCAAUCAGGAUUUGUCGUGCUGGAUAUCCUACACGAAAGCAUUUUGAUGAAUUCCUCGACAGAUUUAGUAUCCUAGCUUCUGUUACUUUGGAUAAGAGUUCUGAUGAGAAAGCAGCCUGCAAGAAACUUCUGGAGGCAGUUGGACUCAAAGGAUACCAGAUUGGAAAGACGAAAGUUCUCCUCAUGGCUGGGCAGAUGGCUGAAUUAGAUGCUCGGAGGACUGAGGUCUUGGGAAGAGCAGCCAGAAUUAUACAGUGGAAAUUCCGCUCCUACAUUCUCCUCAAGGCUGCAAUAAAUAUGCAGGCUGUGUGCAGAGGUCAACUUGCUCGGCAUAUAUUUGAGGACUUGCGCAGAAAAGAAGCUGCUGCUUUGAAGAUCCAGAGAGCUUUGCGGAUCUACCUUGAUAGGAGGUCUUACACAGAAGCUGUUGUUACCGUUCAGUCAGGUUUGCGCGGUAUGGCUGCUCGUGAUGUACUGCGAAGGAAGAUCAAGGCCACAGUUGUGAUUCAGGUCCAUUGCCGUAGACUCCUGGCUGAGUCGCACUACAAGAAGCUGAAGAAAGCAGCGAUUACAACACAAAGUGCAUGGAGAGCGAGGCUAGCCCGUAAAGAAUUGCGAGAGCUUAAAAUGGCUGCAAAGGAAACUGGAGCACUUCAGGCAGCCAAGAGUAAGCUUGAGAAGCAAGUGGAAGAUCUCACAUGGAGACUGCAGCUAGAGAAACGCAAGAGGGUGGAAGUGCAAGAAAGUAAAACACAAGAAAACGCAGAACUGCAAUUAGCAUUGGAGAAAAUACAACUCCAGUUCAAGGAAACCAAAGCGUCUCUCCUAAAAGAAGUGGAAACUGCGAAAAAGACUGCAGAAAUUGUUCCUGUGAUAAAGGAGGUUCCCAUUGUUGACACCGAGCUAGUGGAGAAACUCAGGAGUGAAAAUGAAAACCUCAAGUCCAUGGUAAGUUCGCUGGAGUAUAAGAUUGAUGAAACAGAGAAAAAAUUCAAGGAGACCAGCAAAAUUAGUGAAGAGAGGCUGAAGCAGGCUUUAGAAGCUGAAAAGAAAUUUGUUAAUUUGAAGACCGCCAUGCACAAACUCGAAGAGACAUUAGAGGAUGUGAAAUAUGAAAAUCAACUUUUGAAGCAAUCAUUCUUAAGCACACCUGUUAAGACAGCACCAGGACGUUUCCCUUAUACUCCAGUAAAGAACCAUCCUAGCAAAGAAAACCAACUCAAUGGAGCUGAGUUUACAACACCGCCAAGGAUACAAGAAUCAGGAUCUGACACUAAGUCAAGGGGAUCCCCUGUUGAUCCUCAACAUGAGGAAGAUGACAACGCUAACUUGGCAUAUUGGUUAUCCAAUACUUCGACCUUAUUGUUCAUGCUCCAACAAAGUCUGAAAUCAGGUGGAACCGGGUCCACUCCUCUUCGAAAGUCACCUUCCUUGGUCCGAUGGAUGACUAAGGGUUUCCGUUCUCCAGCGGCUGAAGCGAUUCGACCAGUUGAUGCCAAGGAACCAGCUUUGCAUUUCAAGCAGCAGCUUGCAGCAUAUGUUGAAAAUAUUAUUGGGAUUAUUUGGGAUAACCUGAAAAAGGAGUUGAACACUUUACUUACUCUCUGCAUCCAGGCACCAAAAACAUUCAAGGGGACCGCACUAUUAUCUACAAGCACUGCUAAAUACUGGCAAGGAAUUAUUGAAGGCCUGGAUGCACUGCUAAGCACGCUUAAAGAGAAUUUUGUUCCUCCGGUUCUUAUCCAGAAGAUAUUCUCUCAGGCUUUCUCACUCAUCAAUAUCCAACUAUGCAACAGCCUUGUCACGCGGCCAGAUAGCUGUUCAUUUAUCAAUGGAGAAUUUGUAAAAUCUGGUUUAGAAAAGUUGGAGAAAUGGUGCUCCGAAACAAAAGAAGAGUAUGCUGGCUCAUCCUGGGAUGAACUCAAACAUACCAGACAGGCUGUUGGAUUCUUGCUCAUCCAUAAGAAAUACAAAAUCUCAUACGAUGAGAUUGCAAAUGAUCUGUGCCCAAUCCUUAGAAUACAGCAGCAUUUCAAACUAUGUACUCUGUACAAGGAUGAAAUCUACAACACGAAAAGUGUUUCCCAAGAUGUCAUCUCAUGCAUGACAGGAGUUAUGACAGACAGCAGCGACUUCUUGUUAAAAGAUGAUUCUAGCAACAGCAUUUCCUUCUUGAUCGAUGACUUAUCUAGUUCAAUGCAAGAUAAGGACUUUGCCCAAGUGAAACCUGCUGAGGAACUCCUGGAAAACCCAUCUUUCAUUUUCUUGCAAUAGUGUAAUUCAGAGAAACCAAAACUGCCCCCUUCAAGAACACCAUUCACAAACAGGAGGAAGAUUCUCAGAGAGAGAGAAAAUCGCCGCGAAGAAUUUUUUUUUACUAAGAUUCGCCGAUUUGUUUGUUUGUUCCUCAUUCAAGCUCUCUCAUUAUCCCAGAGAUUUUUUUUAUAAAGGUUGUUUUGCUGGGAGAAACAAAAAGAAAGACAUUGGUUAUGGUCUCUUCUUGUUGGUGUUGUGCAGUUAUGUUGGGUCUGAGAAGUUGUCUCCAUCCAUAUGUUACUGUAUGUACAAAAGAAAACAAGUUUUAAUGGAAAACAAAAUCGAUGAUAAUUUUAUGAAUUGACAUGCA